UACUGGAACAGCAAUAUACAGUAUGUUUGAAAUGACAAUAAAAGCUUCUUGGUUUGACUUGACUUGACUAUGUAAAGAGUUCUACAGAGCUUGAAUAGAGAACUGAGUUUGUGGGGCUACUGGAAGGCGUGGAAGUGGUUUAGGUACUGUAGAAGUUUGCAGUGUUCAGACCAACGUCAGUCUGGCACGUAAAAGACCCUCUGAUGUGUGAGCAUAAAAAUAUCUGUGUGGAUUUCAAAAUGAAGCCUGUUCUGAUCGCAGUGUUUUUUAUCAAUUUGUCCACCUCUAUUCAGGAAGAACGUCAGGGCCGUUUACAUCCAGCGUAUAUUUACAAUGGUGGAGUGACCAAAGUGAAGGAAAGUGAAAACAUCAUCUUUAAGUGCUCAACUUUUAAUAUGACAGUUAAUAGAACAGAAAGCAUAAUCUCCAUGUACCUCUUUAAAAAUAAUGAGAGAGUCAAGAUGAAGGCUAUUGAAGAUACAAAAAUAGACGACACAACAUUUCUCCUUACAAAUCUUACUGUAGAACAUUCUGGAUUGUACACAUGUCUUUACUCUGAAGAGAACCUUAAUGUCCUUAAGACAAAUGCAACAGGACACAACUCUGUCUCACUCGAGGUUUGGGGUAAAAUAUUACCAGCGAGAAUUGAAAGUACAGAAACUUCAGUAACAAAAGGAGAAACUCUGAAACUGACCUGCACCUUUACAAAAAUUCUAAACUGUGCUCAAGUCUACGUUUAUCUCUGUGUCAAUGGGAUCGGAAACAGCAAGAAGCAGGUGAACUGUAGCAACAGGAACAUUUCCACAACAUUUCACCUUAUAGUCUCUGAAAACUCUGUGAACUACAGCUGUGUGUAUUCAGUGUCUAACUACAAUGUCAGUGAGGUGAGAAAUACAGGAGAAAACAGCAUCUUUGUCCAUGGAGGUGAUUUUUCCCAUAUCAUGCCAGCAAAUAUCAUCCUAAGAAAAGUUGGGCAAAACCUCGACCUAAAAUGUUCUAUUCCCGGUUUAAAAGCAGAGUUCAAACAAAUCCACAUGUAUCUGUGUAAAAAUGGUGAUGGUCUGAGAAUGAAGCUACUGAGAGAUAAAAAUGAACACAUCUUUAUUUUGAAUAAAGUCUCAGAAGAAGACUCAGGGAUUUAUAGCUGUGUGUACUCAUUACAAAAACACAAUCAAGACUUGUGCAAUACGACACACAAUCAAAUCCAGGUUCAUAUCUAUGGCCUGGUGUGGGAGAGAAAUCUUCUCAGGCUGAUCUUCUCAGUUGGAGUGCUGAUGCUUGUGUGCUUCAUUAUUAUUUUUGAUUUCAAGACACGUAACAGUUCAGAAGAACCAGAACUGCAGACCUAAUGUCUGGAACGGUGCUUUUUCUGUUUUUUCUUUUUUCUUUGUUCUUUCUUUCAUGUAAAAAAAUCAGUUCUAUUAAUAAACACUUAUCUCAACUAAAGGUUUUGAGUAAUAAUUUUUUUACAAAGAUUAAUUACCUGCAAUUAGUAAACUAGCACCAUAAACCUUUGACCAGAAGCUUUAAAGUUUUUGUUGGUGUUGUUAGUGUUUGUGGUACAACCUUAACAUGGAACAUUAACACCAUAAGUUAAAGGAAUUCCUCAGAAGAAACCUAAAGAUUUAAGUUUUUUUAGGACUGAAUGUGACCAUAUAGUGUUGAGUUAUACAGUAGAAAUGAAAAGAUUUAUAAUCACACACUUUGGUGCUAUCCAGAUGAGGAUGAGUCCGGUUCUUUUCAUGGUUUCUUCCUCAUAUUGUCUCAGGGAGUUUUUCCUCCCCGAUGUCCCCUCUGACUUGCUCAAUAAGGCUAAACCUACAUUAACGUUUAUAACUUUAUUUAUUUUUAUGCAGAAUUGUUCUAUACCUGUAAAGCUGCCUUGUAAAGCUGUACACUAUUCCUAAUAUUUUAUUGAGUUUCUGCAGUACAGUUUAAUAGAAAAUAAACCUGAAAAGUGAAAGUGUAUUUCUGUAUUCUGUUUUAUUAUUAUUUUUUUAAAAACAAGAAGUUGAACAAGACAUUAAUCAAGCAUUAUAGCAUCAAUUUGUUUAACGUUUCGUAAAUAUUUCUCACUAUAAUUAAUAUUUCUUGGGCAAACUCAUCUGAUGCCAUAGACAACCACAGAAAUAAAAAGAAACAGUAAUAUUUACAGUAAUAAAGUCUCUCUUCCCUC